AUGCGUUCUACAAUCGUAGGUUCGGCGGUGGCCCUUCUUGGGCUCUUCCACACGGUGACCGCAGCAUCGACCACCCCUGUCGCAUACACCGAUCCAAACACCGGCAUUGAUUUCCAACUACUCAAUGCCAAUGGCAACUACACCGUCGCUAUUGCUCUCCCUGAGACAAUUGAUACGGACUUGAUCGCCCAGCUUGUUGUACCGAUCAGCAAGACAGGAGCAUGGGGAGCUGUUUCGCUUGGCGGAGGCAUGCUGAACCAUCUCUUGCUCGUGGCUUGGGCCAACGGCGAGGAGGUCGUCAGCACCUUCCGUAUCGCGGGCGCAUAUGCUAACCCGCCUGUCUACGAUGCCACUGCGGUCAGCGCAUUGCCCAUCGCGAACGGAACCUUUGUCAACAGCACUCACUUCUCCUACACCUUCCUCUGCAAGGGUUGCAUCGUCGGCGGUACCACAACUUUCACAAAGACUGAUGAGAACCCUGUGCUCGGAUGGGCGCUCUCGUCCUCAAACCCUACCACUCCCUCUGAUCCUGGCAGUGCACUUCCCUAUCACGAUGCUGGUUUUGGCCUGUACGGCCAGAAGGCCUCCGCUGCUCAGUCAGCAAGUUUCGAGACCUGGGCUUCGUGGGCCUCCGCGGCUACCGGUAAUGGCACUGCUCCCGUCACUCCGCCCACCGGUAACGGCACGAGUGUUGUGCCCACGAUUUCGAACUCAACCUACGAUGUUAUUGUCGCUGGAGGUGGUCCUGCUGGUAUCAUCGCGGCUGAGCGUAUUGCUGAGGCUGGCCUAAGCGUCCUUCUGGUCGAGCGUGGUCCCGCCAACACCGUCGCCCUGGGAUCUUCCGAGGGUUUGGAAUGGAACAACACAUUGACGCAAUAUGAUGUCCCAGCUCUUGGAAGCAGCUUGUCUGCCAUCCCUGGUACUAAGAUAUGUAGUGACACCGCCUCCAUGGCUGGAUGUCUUCUUGGAGGCUCAAGCUCUAUCAACGGGGAGAACUUCAUUCGCCCUCCUGAGCGCGAUUUCAAGAACUGGCCUGCUGGCUGGUCCUGGAAUGACGUGAGUGAAGCUGCAGAUCGUUUGUACUCCCGGAACCCUGGCACUACUCAGCCUUCGGCUGACGGAAAGCACUACGAUGACAUGGCUUACACCACUGUGUCUUCCUACCUAGGCGAACAAGGCUGGACCGAGCUCGACUCCAUCAAGACCCCCAACGAGAAGCGCAUGGUUUACUCUCGCCCAGCAUGGUCUAUCACCAACAAUCUCCGUGCUGGUCCUGCCAGGACCUACAUGCCCUUCGCCCAGGACCUUGAGAACUUCACCCUCAAGCUCGAGACUAAGGUUAUCCAGGUUAAGCGCACAGGCAGCAGUGUCACUGGUGUUCUCGUUGAGCUUGCAGAUGGCAGCCAGCAAAUUAUCAACCUGAAACAAGGUGGCAAGGUUGUCCUCGCUAGUGGAGCUCUUUCAACCCCUAGGAUCCUAUGGAACUCUGGAAUUGGCAAGUCUGAUGCUCUGAAGAUCGUCCAGGGUGGUACUACUGGUGUUCAGCUCCCCGACGAAGCCGAUUGGAUUGACCUUCCCGUGGGCCACGGCCUCAAGGAUCACGCCCAGGCUCCUCUGCAGUUCAAAACUGCCGCAAACUACACUGCCUACAAGUAUGAUGACAUUGCAUCCAACCCUGUUGAAUCCGAUGUAGACCUCUACUACAAAGGCUCCGGUAUUUUGACCCAGGCUGCGCAGAGGAUGCACCUGUGGACAUCCGUGAACGGUACUGAUGGUAAGGAGCGCUUCCUUCAGGGAACCGUUAGCUCCAUGAAGGAUGACACCGUCACGAUCAAGAGCUUCCUCACACACGGAAGUUCCUCCACUGGUGAGCUUGGUAUCACAGCUAGUGGCAACACUGUCCUCAGUGUGAAACCUUGGUUGGCCGACCCCGCUGACAAGGAGGCUCUCUCUGGCUUCAUCCAGUGGUGGAUCGACAUUACCAGCCAGGGUAACAGCACUGUUGAUGCGACCAUGACUCUAGUCGGCACGCCUGAAUCCAUCCUCGCCAACGACUUGAUCUCUGGUGACCAUUGGGUCGGUACCACCAAGAUGGGUAUUGAUGAUGGACGCAGCAACGGCACUAGCGUUGUAGACACCGACACCAAGGUCUACGGCACUGACAACCUAUUCGUCGUUGACGCUUCCAUCCACCCCGACCUGCCUACUGGCAACACCCAGGCUAUCAUCAUGGUUGUCGCCGAGCACGCAGCCGAGAAAAUUGCCGCGUUCAAGGUUGCUAAUGGCACCGCCUCUGCCACCCCAUUUGUUCCUUCCCCGUCGACCACGCCUGAAGCUGCCACACCCUCAGGUUCGGACGUUUCUUCGAAUGCAGCUGACAAGGAGUACACUCUCAAAGAGUUCAUCGCGUUCCUCGAGGAUGUUACUGCAGGUACCCACUAG